AUGACCAUGCCAACCAAUGCUGAGAGAAUUAGUGUGCUAGAAGCACAAGCUAAGACGGAAGCCAACAAUGUGGCCACAAAGAUGGCCCGACUGACGAGACUUGUUGAUGAAGUGGUGGGAUCACAAAAGCAUCAACAAAGUUUGAUAGGUGAAAUGUUAGAAGACUUUCACCAUAUUGUGGAAACCUUGCAAGCUCAGAUAGCUGAUUUGACUGCAAAGGUGAAUUUGGUGGUUCUUGCUAUGGUAAACUCUAACACUCCGGGAUUUAGCAAGACCAAGGCAAAAGCAAGGAGACUCAAGUUAUCCUUGGAGAAGGAUUCAGGACGCAUGAAAGCGGAAAAUAUUGUAGCCCAUUCUACUAUGGGAGUAGCCAAGCAAGUGACUAUGAAGCUUGAGCAGAAGUUCGUAGAGGAGUACUCACGGAGAACUGCUCCUAUGACAGAACUAUUGAAGAAGGGUCAGUGGUGGAACUGGCCAGAGAAGUGCCAGGGAGCCUUUGAUGACUUGAAGGAUGUCAUGAUGAGAGAUUCGGUACUGUCUCUUCCGGAUGUCAUGAAACCCUUCAAGGUACAAACAGAUGCAUCGGACUAUGCCCUUGGAGGAGUCUUGUUAUAG